GCACGUCAUACGAUUGGUCUUAUCUUUCUGGGAGUUUUACUUGUGGCAGUGGCAGGUGGAGGCAUCAUGGUGUACAUCGCUUUUCUGUCACCGUUAAGAGAUGAUAAAACCUCUAAUUCUUGCGAGACGCCUCCACCAAAAUUCGGUGAAAACUGCGAAUUUCGAUGUCAUUGUUCAAAUCUAAGUGAGAUUUGCGACAGACACACAGGAAAUUGUUUUAGUGGAUGUAUAGAUGGAUGGGAAGGAAAGAAUUGCCAUACAAUUAAGUCUAUAUUUGAUAAGUCAGCUAUAAACGCCAAACCCAACUCUUCAGAGUCCGUUCAAUGCUUCAUUCAAAAACUUUGGUACAGCUGGAGCAAUGUCUACCUCACUUUUCACAAUGACACCAGGUUGUUAACUUUAAUCAAUGUGUCACAAAGUGGAAAUAUUAUGAGCUUUGAUAAUAGAGUAAACGCUUCAUUAAAAAGAACAACUGAAAUGGAGGCAGACAUUGUGACAUUUUUGUUCAAUUUCGGAGAGAAUGAUUGUGCUUUGACAGGAAUGUAUGAAUGUCGCUUUGAUAUGGUAGACAACUUCACUCUCUUGUAUGGAAACUUAUCCAUGAAAGUACAAGGGAUGUCUAAAAAUCUUCAUCUAUCAACGAAAAAGGCCUACCUGAUAGAUUCAAAUGAUAAAAUAAGCUGCAACUUACAGUUAGCAGAACCAGAUACUGAAGUUUUUCUUACCUUUACUGAUAUCAAAAACAAUACCCUGAAUUCAACUGAUGUUAAGGUUUCUAAGCAGCUACUGAAGACCUCCACUGCAGAAUGUACCAAUCUGACAACUUUCAUGUACGAAUUUAAUGUUACCACAGAACUUAACCAAUCUACUGUUCAAUGUAUUAUGAGAAACGAAUCAGGUGAAAUAUAUCUGAAAUCCAACAGUGCAGUCAUCAAUGUCGUCUCUGUCCUCACGUCUGUGAAUGGUGUCAUGGAUCCUCCAAGCCAUGACAUUAUGAUACAAAACAAAACGGAAUUGUCUUGUUAUUUCAAUGUGAGCAGUUUUGAGUGGGAUGCAGUUCGAUUAGACUUUCAAAACGACUCUUUAGCCUCUAAAACAAUUGUUCGCCUCACAAAUAGUAGCAGAGCUUGGCAUGCAGGUCAAAUAAAUGCCACUUUGAAAGUAGAUUCGAGUUUUGUGAACGUUACCUUUGUCUUGGAUUUUGCAACACCAAAGGAUGCUUGCUCUCUUUCCGGGAUCUACACAUGUUCCAUAGAAAUGGUAGACAAACACAUUGCAACUGAGAGCGACAGCACUUCGUUGAACUUUUCAGUUCCCGUUUCUGAUUUGUCUCUCCACCUCCUUCCUCGAUAUCAAUAUGGAACAUAUGAUUUCAUCAACUGUAGUGCAGACACAAUGGAACCAGCAACAACUACUCUCUCCCUGGAAGUUUGUGAUUCAGAUUCGACCUUUGUUCCUUUCGAAAUGUAUAACAUAUCAUUCGUUGUUUUCAAUGAGACCGGUCUGAAGAAUGAAAACUGUUCCCAGCAAAUUCUGCUGAGUUACCAGGUUCUUUUCAAUUCUCAAAUGAAUGUCUCUUUGCGAUGUAGUGUUCACGAUUCCUAUAGAAACACAGCCCUACCUACAUCAUGCAGUAUGCCCGAGAUUUCAACUGCAUUAGUGGUUGGUGUCAUGGAUCCUCCAAGCCAUGACAUUAUGAUACAAAACAAAACGGAAUUGUCUUGUUAUUUCAUUGUGAGUAGUUUUGAGUGGGAUGCGGUUCGAUUAGACUUUAAAAACGAAUCUUCACUCUCUCAAACAAUUGUUCGCCUCACAAACAGAAGCAGAGCUGGGAUGAAGGUCAAAUAAAUGCGACUUUGAAGUAGAUUCGAGUUUUGUGAACGUUACCUUUGUCUUGGAUUUUGCAUCAGCGAAGGAUGCUUGCUCUCUUUCCGGC